GCCAGAGGCUUAUGCGUCGGCAGUGCAGACGCCUAGUACAGCUGCCUCAUUGCCUGGCUUGCCGCUGAUAAAGAAUUGGCGCCUCGGUUCGACAAUAGGACAGGGCUCCUACGGCACAGUGUGCAGAGCCCUGGACAUAGAGAACGGCUUCAUCUUCUGUAUCAAGAAAUCUGUGGUGACGGAAGAUGAUGAGGAGGGCCAGAGGUAUAUCCAGAAGCUUCGCGAAGAGCUUGACAUUUUGCGCUCUUUGCGGCACCCAAAUAUCAUAUGUUGCUACGGCCACGAGUAUGUCGGCAACACCCUGUAUAUAUUCAUGGAAUUUGCGGAUGGCGGGUCCCUCGCAACCAUGCUCAAAGAGUUUGGUGCGCUCGACGGACAACUUCUCCGCAACACCAUCCUGGGAAUGCUUCAAGGCUUGGCCUAUCUUCAUACUCGAAGUCCGGUUGUCGUGCAUAGAGACAUCAAAAGCGCCAACGUGCUUUUGGACUUGGACUUCAACGUGAAGCUAGCAGAUUUCGGCUGCUCUAAGCGUUGCCAGGAGGAUCUCACGAAGACUUUUAGAGCCACGGGCUCUCUCCUCUGGAUGGCACCCGAGGUUGUUUUGGGUACGACAGGCUUCGGCCGCAAGGCCGAUGUAUGGAGCUUUGGGUGCACAGUCCUCGAAGCCAUGACGGCUGAGCCGCCCUGGGGCAAAGGUGCAAUUGAUGGAGCUCCAGCCGCAAUGAGGCCAGAACAGCCUCCUGAGCGUUUCUGUCAGGCUUCUCCUGCCCAUUUUGAGUCACGUGGAGCUCCUAGUAUGGCUCUUCAUGGUCAGAAGUUCGGUGCGGCUGAGCUUCUCGUGCCACCACACUCCCUCUUAGCGGGCGUAGAGUGGUAG